GGGGAAUAUAUUAUUUACCUUUACACUUUGGACGAGGAUCGCCGUUUCGUGUCGCCACUUUUUGUCGAUCAGCGCAGAGACGCAGCUGCUUAACAUUAACUGCACAAACGCUGGUUACGUAAGCACGUCGGAAACUAUGGCUGCCAAGGAACCGUCCCCGAUCGUCAAAUCCUACCUGAUUCUGUACAACGCAGCCCAAGUCGUCGGCUGGUGUUACAUGCUAUAUCAGCUGAUAGCUUACUACACCAUCGACAAGGGCACGGAAAAAACGCUCUGGGACUAUCUUGGAUUCACCGUCAUCCUGUUCCAAAAUGCAGCCCUACUCGAGAUUGUACACGCUUUCACGCGGAUCGUGCCGAGCAAUCCGGUCAUCACCACGUUCCAGGUACUGUCCCGGGUGAUGGUCGUCUGCGGUGUUGUGAUGGCUACACCGACUGGCAAAGUUUCACCAGGUCUUCCGCUUGCCAUACUGGCCUGGUCGGUGACGGAGAUCAUUCGAUACGCGUACUACGCCCUCAACCUGAUCGACGCCGUCCCGCAGCUGCUCAUCUUUCUGCGCUACACCACCUUCAUAGUGCUGUACCCGACCGGCGUGACCGGUGAGCUGCUGUGCUUCUACUGGGCCCAGUCGCACGUGGCCAACACGAAACAGUGGAGCAUCGAAAUGCCCAAUACGUACAACUUUACCUUCUCGUACCUGUACUUCCUGUGGGCGGUGAUGCUGCUCUACAUUCCACUGUUCCCUCAUCUGUACCUGCACAUGUUUGCUCAGCGCAAGAAGAUUCUAGGCUCCGGCUCGAGCAGUGGCGCGACCAAGCAGAAGCACAAUUGACUGCAAGCGUUUGGCUUUCCGGCUUGACCGUACCCAAGCUCCUAAGAGAAAAGCCUUCCCAAAUGCAUGCUACAGUUAAAUUUUUGUAUUGCUCUCCAUUUUUUUAUGUAUUUCUUUUCUUUUUUUCAAAAAGCAAAUAAUGGGUUGGACUUCCUAAGGUUCUUUGUCGCCGUAUGAGCAGGGAUUUCAGACUGAUAAGUUAAAGUUAGUUUGAUUUAAACGGUGCAUUCGUUUAUUGUUUAAGGUUUAGUUUUACACAUUCAUUCCAUCGUGGUGAUAGCUUAAUCGACUUUAAGUGGGUGUGCAAUGUUGGGCGCGGGUCGGGUUGAACGAACAAAAAUAAAACUAAAAUGUUUUAAAGGAAA